AAGAAAAAAUCCCUGUCCAACUUGUAUCACUUUACCCUAGAUCUUGGAUUUAUGAAACGUCUCUUACUCAAACUUUAAAAGUCCCUUAAACAUCUUUCUUAAAUACGCCAUAUGACCAUUAACUAAAUGAUCGCGUAAUCCUCAGCAACAAAAAGCUUUACAGAGCCUUGAUAAUUUAAUCAUCUCCAACAAAUUUAUACUUGAUAAAUCGAAGUUAUUUAUGACACAAUCUAAUCUAAUCUAAUCUUGGGGUUUUCUUGUAUUAGCAAUACUUGUUAGAAAUAUUUCAAUUGCUCAUCUACUGUUUACGUUUACAAACAAGCCUUCGUAUUCUGCAAUCACCUCGAUUAAAGUUAUUUUGGUUGCACAAUUUCUUCUUUCAGUUCUCUCAAAAAAACUAUAAGCUUUAUCAAGAAAAGAGAAGGUUUUUCAGAAAUUUUUGAGGAUUUCUUAAAUUUUACACAUUGAUCCAUCAUUUUUGAUCUCGCUUUCUUCAACAUCUUGCGAUGUUAAUCAAGGAUUGAGCAACAGAAAAUACCCGAUAGCAAGCAGUAGGUUUGGAGGAAAACAUUUUUUUGAACGUUAUCGAAGAAAAUGUUUUAAUCUCUGUUUGAUUGCCCAAAAUCACCCAAAGUUGUACCCCAACUGGUUUUUCUGCUCAUUUGAACAGUAGCAGUUUGGAGAGUGUGAACAACGUUGAACUGAUAAAGCCGCAGUAUAAGAUGUACUCGCGUUUCUUGUUGAUUCUUUGGCUUGCAUUAGCUGCUAAUGCUGCAUCUGUGAAGAGGAAUUCGAACUGUGCUAAAGAUCCAUUGAACCCGGAUUGUGAUGAUAGAAGACACCAUCCAAGAUUACCAGAAGACGGAAUAAAAGAAAUCGAUGAUGAGCUGGUUCCUGAACAAAGCCAGGAUUACUGGCUUGACAUAGCCAAGUCCUUUGUCUCGGAUCAGAUUAAAAGGACCCAUAAUACGAAAAGAGCAAAGAAUGUGAUAUAUUUCUUGGGUGAUGGCAUGGGAAUUUCCACAAUAACAGCAACAAGAUUGCUUCUUGGAGGGGAAGAGAAGAAACUUUCUUUUGAAAAAUUCCCCUACACUGGUUCCUCGAUGACCUACUGCCUUAAUCGUCCAGUUCCCGAUUCAGCAAGCACUUCAACAGCAUAUCUUACCGGAGUGAAGGGUAACUACGGAACCGUUGGUGUGAAUGGAAAAGUCCCGAGGUAUGAUUGCUUAGCAGGACUUGAUCCGGAAACUCAUACAACGUCACUGGCUAAAUUAGCCCAGAUGCAGGGGAAGUCAACGGGUUUUGUGACAAAUACUCGUGUCACUCAUGCUUCUCCAGCUGGCCUGUUCGGUCACGCCUCGAAUCGUGGCUUUGAAGAUGAUCGGGAGAUUCGCGGACGUGGCUGUGAUCCUGAACUGAUGGAUGAUCUGACUGAACAACUUGUUCAUGGAGAUGUUGGACGGAAUUUUAAGGUGAUUAUGGGUGGAGGACGUCGUCAUUUUCGAAAUGAAACGGUGAGUGAUGAAGAGGGUAGAAGUGGUAGACGAAGAGACUCGAGAGAUUUGGUACAAGAAUGGCUCGAUGAUCCCAUCAAAUCGAACAAGGAGUACGUUUGGAACCGAGAGCAAUUAUUGGCAAUAGAUCCAGAAAAGACAGAUCAUAUUUUGGGUCUCUUUGAACAUACACACAUGCUGUAUCAUCUGGAAGCUAUUGAUAGGAAUCGUACUGAUACUGAACCCACAAUCGGAGAAAUGACUUUGAAAGCUCUUGAGAUUCUCAAAAAGGACCCUAAUGGCUUCUUCCUCUUUGUCGAAGGGGGUCGAAUUGACUUGGCUCACCAUAGUAACAGGGCUAGAGCUGCUUUUGAUGAGACGCUGGAAUUUCACAAGACUAUUGAAAUGGCUAGGAAGAUGUUCAGCGAAGAAGAUACACUUAUUGUGGUAACAGCAGAUCAUAGUCAUGUUAAUUCCUACGCAGGCUAUCCCAAUCGUAAGCAGGACAUCUUCAGCUAUACUGGAAAUGCCAACGACGGAAAGCCUUACUUCACUAUUAGCUAUGCUAACGGACCACAUUACGGAGAUCACGUUGUUGCAGACCUGGGCAGAGUAGAUCCUAGCACCAUGAAUACGAACGCCUGGAACUUUGGUUUUCCCAGCAUGGCUCCUAUGGAUACGGAAACCCAUGGAGGAGAAGAUGUUCCUGUGUACGCUUCAGGACCCUGGGCUCAUUUGUUCACUGGAACAUACGAGCAGAACGUCAUUCCUCAUUUAGUGGCCUUUGCUGCAGAUUACAUUGAAGAUGGAUGGCUGUCAAAAGCCGAUCUUGGAUUGUAAAUCAUCUUUAUUUUUGGGGAAAUCACUUGAUUUACUGCAUCACACUUCGAUCUGUUCAUAAUCAUUGUUUGCGCAUUUGUAUUGAUUCAAAAAUAAAAUGUACGUCUUUUGAAAAGAAA